ACCUUUACCUAUUCGCAAGAGCAAAGACUUAUAACACCAGUUUACAUUUAAAAUUCAAUACGCACGUAUGUGUUUAUGGUUAAGGCGAAUUUAAUUCAAAUUCACGAUGUUAUUCGGCUGAAUUACUAUUUUCUUUUGUUUUUUGUUUUUUCAUUUCAUAACAAAAUGGUGAGAUGGAUCACGCCAUUUGUGAAGCAGUGCUUCGUAACAUCCGGUGUGGCUAUCAGCAUGGCGCAGUUCGGUCUCGUCUUUGGUAUCACCGCGAUCCUGAUACCGCAGCUGCAGUCACAAAAACCUGUAAUGCUGAUCGACGAAUCCACCGAGUCUUGGAUAGCUGCUAUACCUGGUUUCGCGCUGUUAUUUGGUAACUUCACUAUACCUACCAUCAUGGGCAAAUAUGGACGAAAAGUCGCCAACAUCAUCAGUGUUCUGCCCGUAAUCGUCGGCUGGCUGUUAAUCACAAGCGCCUCCAACACAUACUUCAUCUUGGCUGCAAGAUUUCUUCAAGGGAUCUCUAUGGGAAUGAGCACAUCAUUGGGACCGAUCUUGAUUGGCGAAUACACCAGCCCAAAGUACCGUGGAGCGUUUUUAUCGAGUCUUUGCUUAGUUAUGGCGAUGGCUACUUUGACGGUGCAUUCUGUCGGCUCAUAUGUGACAUGGCAAUGGACUGCCUUCGUGUGUUCAGUAAUAACUUUCAUAGAUUUAUUAAUUGUAAUUAAUUCUCCUGAAUCACCUAGUUGGUUGGCCGAUCAAGGGAAAUAUGAAGACUGCAGAAAAGUGUUUAUUUGGUUGCGGGGUGAUACCGAAAAUGAGGAAUUAGAGAAAAUGAUUGAGGCUAGCAAAAUUGUUAGGGAGUCUAAAGCAGACGUCGUCAUAUCAGAUACGUUCGUUAAAAAUCUUAAAGCCAAAUUUGCUGUUGGAUUCGAAGCGUUAAGACGAAAAGAGUUUUACAAACCGAUAUUCGUAAUGGUUCACGUUUAUACUUUAGGUGAAUGGGCAGGGAUCAAUAUCCUUUCCCCUUAUAUCGUUGAGGUUGCAGAAGCUCUUGUAGACAAAGACAAAAUGAAUGUACCAUUAUUGGUAGUGACCGUAGAUGCUCAGAGAAUAAUUAUGAACGCUGCUGCAAUAUAUUUUAUGACAAAAUUUAGACGGAGAGUAAUUCUGAUAAGUACAACAAUGCUUUGCGUCGCUGUUUUGCUUCUUAUUUCAGCUUACAGUUACGCCAAAACGUCAAACUUGUUACCAUUCGAUCAUCCGUCCAUAGGCGCGAUUUUGUUACACGUUCAUAUGUUCACAAUAGCAACAGGUUCGGUGCCCCUACCGAUGACAAUAUCAGGCGAAAUAUUCCCAUUACAAUUCCGAAGCGUCUCGGGUGCUUUGAGCGCAGUAUUCUUUUCUUUUCAUCUCUUCAUCACCGUAAAAACAUACCGGUAUUUACGCAAUUCUUUAGGAUUACACGGAACGUAUUUGAUAUACGCAGCUAUUGUGACUUAUUGCUUGGUCGUGAGCUGGAUAUUUUUACCGGAGACCAAAGACAGGACUCUACAGGAAAUUGAAGAUGAAUUUAGAGGAGGGCCUCCGACGAGGGAUAGAGAUGAAAAGACUGCUGAGAUUUUAAUGGAGACGAAAUAAGAAAAGAAAAAAAAAUUAUGAUCUGCGUUUUUAAUUAAAACAUAAUUAUGUACUUUGUGUUUUUACGAUAAAACAAUCAAGAUUAGAUAAGAAGUAUUUAUGGUAUACUGCAUAUUAAAUACUGCAAUUGUUCAUGUGUAUACAUUAUUAAGAUAAUUAAAUAUAACUAAAGUAUUAAAGAUAACAUUUAAAACGAUGGCUAUACCAGUUUUUAUGUUUUUUAUAUUUCAAUAUUCAAAAAUGUUUUAAUAUUUCUAAUAUUUCUUAUUCUAAUGUUUCAAUAUUCAAAAUAACAUUUAUAUCACCUGUAUAAUAUCUAUAUAUUAAUACGUGAAGCAAAAACUUUGUAUCCCUUUUUACGAAAAUUGUGCGGACGGAGGAGUAUGAAAUUUUCCACACUUAUAGAGAAUACAGAGAAGAAAUGCACAAUGCUAAUAUCUUUUUAAAAUAAUGUAUAAAAGAUACAUUAAAUCAAUAAAGAAAAUAUUACACACACUACAUACCAUGUAUUUGACGCAUACACGCAUGCAUUCUAUUUAUUGUCAAACUUUUGUUCUUGACGUCUGUUGUCAAAUUGAGAAUAGAUUAAAUAUUGUUUGUCUUUGUUAAUAUUUUUUAUAGUGUAGCCUUGGCGAAAUUUGUGAUUAUAGAAGUAUAAAAUAGAAAUCAUAAUGGUGUACAAACUUACAAUUCCAAUUAAUUAUAGUCGCAUUUCGACUACUGCGGGACCUCUAGUAAUUAUUAUAACCUCUCUUAAGAUUUAUGUCAUAAAUCAUAUAGAGGUUACAUGUAUAUAUUUAUUGUUUUAGUCUGAGCACCAGAGUAAUACAUUAGUAAUUUAUUCUGCACGUGAUUAAACACGACCAAGGUUGGGUUUUCAGUGGGUGGCUGCGAUCACUGCGUAUUAAGCCGGCACACUGAUGGCCACUCCCGGUCACCGUCCUCGUCGAACCCGUCGCUUGCGAUGAAGGGCUCGACGAGCGAAUUAACCCAUAGACACAGCCCACUGAGUUUCUCGUCGGAUCUUCUCAGUGGGUCGCGUUUCCGAUCCGGUGGUAGAUUCUGCGAAGCACUGCUCUUGCUAGGGUCAGUGUUAGCAACUCUCCGGUUGAGCCCCGUGAGCUCACCUACAAACGUUAGGGUGAAGCUGAAAUAGCCUCUCAAGGCUAUCAGCAUAGGUAGGAAUAAAAAAAAAAAAAAGAUGGCCACUCCCAUAUAGUGAGCCCGCACGGAUUGGUUAUAUGUAUAAGUAUGCUGCAAAGCAAAAAUGCGUUCUGGAUACUAGGUUUGAAAAAAAGUUAAGCAGUUAAAUUGUGAUUUCGAUCCUAUAUUUAGGGCUUAUGAUGGAUUUUAUGGCGCAGUUUCUAUGAUAUUGUAUUGAAAAUAAAAACAUUUUCUACAUCUAGAA